AAAUAUUUGGUGUAUGAUUUCAGGAACCAGGUCCAGCUGGCCAGCACCCGUACAACCAGGUACCAAGACUUACCCGUGGAACCUGACAUCCUAGCAGAGGUGUACGCCCCCAGGAAACUGGCCACCUUUGACGAGCUGUGUGCCUCUGACUUCAGCCCCGCCUGUGGGGAGGUGGAUGUUGUGGGGGUGGUGGUGUACAUCACUGGACAGUCAGCAACUGGAAACAGCAGUGGAGUGCAAACAGUGUUCUUAGCUGAUGCAGAACAGAAUCUUUGCUGCGUAAAGUUCUGGGGAGGGGUGUCGUCUCACAGUCUUGAAGACGUCUUGAGACUGAGGGCCCUUGUGGGAGGAGUGAACCUCCAGUGGAGACCGGACAAUCGUCUUAAAGUACCGUGCCUGGUGUUUGGUGACCAGACCGACUUCUCACAGAAACCACAACAUGCACACCUCAGGGAGGGACUGAGACAACUUGAAGAAAGCAUUAAGGAUGUGAAGUCCUUUGCAGAGUCCAUGGUACAAGAGGUGGAGAGAAUUGUGUACAGCAGGCAGGCAUUCUCACCCGGACCUUCCAACGCUUGUCGUGUGUGGGCCAGCCCUAACCCAGGAAACAGGGCAGCACCCCACACGCCCGCGUCUAGAACAUUCACCCCAGCACGAGCACACAGCACACCUCAUAGCAGUGUCUCCACACCAAGAUCUUUACACUCUAACAGCCCUGUAGCUAAUCCACAGGUUACACCUUAUAGUGGAAACACUUCCCACAGUAGUGUACAGAGCUCGGGUAAGGGCAAGUCAAGAAGCCUCCUUGAUCGAGUGCCCUCGCCACCCCCGUUGACGACAUUGGUUAGCCCCAUCCCCCAUAGAGUCAAGAGGGCUUUCAAGAGACCUGGGUUGGUACCAUUGAACAAUGGGAGGGGAAGCCCUGCCUUUGUCCCUCCUGUGAAAAGAGCUGUGCCUGUUUCUGAUACGGAAUGUAACAAUGACAAUACAGAGCAGGAAAAGGCAGUGAGUGUAGACUUAGGUCUAGAGAAUUUGACUGAAAUUUCAGAUGCAGAAAUGGCCUCCAUCUGCACACAAAACACUCCUGACAAGAGGGAAGAAGAUGGCAAUACUCCAGAAAGUACCGUUAAAGCCCAGGCGCAACUUGACGGAGAGCAGAGGGAGGACUUUAUUUCCGAUACCCAGCUCCUUACAGCCUUUACCAGCGAGAAUGGUCCAGGAACAGACACCAAAAGAAAUGUACAGUCUCCUGAACUGAAAGACAAGGUGUCGCCAAAACCGAGCAAGCCAUUACAAAGGAGGAGAAGUAGUGGAUUUCAUCGCAGGGGAAGAGGAAAGCGAGGGGCAACUAACCAAGGAACAAGAACUACCACAGUUCAUAGCACUGAUGUAGAGAUGCCAGAGUUACAAACUACUCAAGAAGACUACAAAGACACAACAGAUAGGUCAGCAAUACUAGAAGAGGAAGGGAGUGUCACACCCUCUACUAUUGACACUGUUGUGAUCGAGGAUGGCACUGAGAAAAAGGCCGAAGUAGCUCAGAAUUCAGCAGGCAGCUCGCAGGAAUCUACAAACAGCCAGACUGUGGCAACAAGGACAAGAUCAUCCUUACGACUGGCUAAGAAGAGGAAAAGAUAGAUAUAGAGCCAUGUCAUGGCCACAAACAUCUGUAGUCAUAUGUUUUGGUAGGGAGUUGUAGCAUUUUUCAAACGUUCCAUGUCAUGUUAUUUUGUAGAGUAGCUAAAAGCUUUGACUAGAUGUUUUGCAUAUAAAAUGUUAUAUUUUGUUCAAAGAUUCUAUAUGGUAUGGCAGGAAAUCAGUUGAUAUUACAGAUCUUCCACAUUUGUGCCUCCUGUUUCAAAAGUGAUUUAAGUACUUUAACAAUAGUGCAAAUGCAACAUAUGAACAGUGUUCUCAAGUGGUAUUUCAGAGAUGUUUAUUAGGCUUCAAAAUAUGGUCAAAUGAAAUUAAGAUGUAAAAAUUGAAACCAAAGAUUGUAUUAAUAACACUUAUGUUUUGAUAUUCUCUGUUUUUAUCUAACAAUACAAAGUGUAUCUGAUUCAGAAGCGUUUAAUGAGACUGCACUUACUAAUCGGUUACAAGUUUAUGGACAUAAAUGUUACAAACCAUAUGACUUGUUGUCACUUGUUGUCAACGGUUACUACAAAAGAGGUUUGAAUUACAUGUUAC